GAAACAUCAAUCUGCGCUUUAUACCCAUCUCAAUCAACAGAAUAUUCUUUGUUCUAUACCCUGUGAUUAUUUAGCCGCCAGCACUUCAGCCAAAAGAUGUUGCAUACCGUCCCGUUCAACAACAACGACGCCAUGGAACGUCCCACUUCACAACCUUCGGCAACAUCCCCCCACACAUCUCGGCUUUUCCUCAAUACUGAUAGGAGAACCCCAUUUCAAUCUCAAACCCUUGAGUUUCAGCAGAAGAUGAUGCCACAGUGGGCAUGCUACAGUACCAUUCCGCUUCCUUCACCUUCCGACGAUGGGCUAGACGCAGGCGGCUCAGAUUACUUCUGGAAAGAUGUUCCUGCUAUUUCACCACUGCCACAACUCGACUCAACAUUAUCAGAUGUGGAGCUUUCGGAGGAUAUGUAUUCGCUCUUCGGCACAUCAUCAGGUCGCCGCAACAAUCAGACCGACUCAGCCAAGCCACUUUCUCAGCCACUCCCUUACAUGGCAGACGACCUGCGAUCCCUACCUCUCACAUCAAACCCCUUGGCCAAUCGAUACGCCUAUCUCACAGGUAGCGAUCACGAGGAGACAUACUCGCAGGCAUCUGAUUGCGAAACCCCUCCCCACAGAUCCGAGGGUCGCUUGAUAGACGAUGUCCGCGUGGUCCACAACCAAGUCGAGCAACGCUACCGACACCGCGUCCGAGACAACAUCAACGCGCUCUGGAAUGUGAUUCCGGAGUCCUCGUCAACGGUGCAGCCGAGUAAGGCUGUGGUCCUCAAGCGCGCUAGAGAACACAUCUUGGAGCUGCAACAACAUGUUAGGAGGGAUAAGAGAGAGAAGGAGAUGCUAGAAGCUAAUGUUCAGAUGUUGGAACACUACCUCUCGGAACGAUCUGGUGCAAAGGGGCUUAAGCCACAGAAUGUUCAGUAUGCUGCAUGAUGUGCAAGGGUAUCUGCAAGUCUACUAGGACUUGGAAAAUUGUUUUCAUGUAUGCGAAGAUUCCAAUCUGUACACAUAAGGAUAUUCUUAGCGGGGCGUUUCAUUUUGUAUCAUUGGUUUCAUAGAUGAUAAGGAGUAAGAAAGACAAUAGAUUGCAUUUCCACAUAUCCACAACAGAAUGGCACAGUGAAGCAUCCCUCGUGUGCAAAAUUUCAGAGACUGCUAAUCCAACUUCCGCACUCUCUUCAGCCGCCCAGUAUCUCACUCACCCUUUCAAUCUCUUGAAGCCUACUACGGGUGAGCAUCUUUCCGUAAGACAACCUCAACUACAGUGCUUCCAAAUGCAAAAUAGACCAGCCCAGCCAGCCCAACUCGGCCCUCGCCUAGCGUGUUGAUGCCAGUUGGCUGGUCGAUUCUCUUAGCGACUUGCCCCGUGCCAUCCCAAUCGCCCCACUUGGUACAAAAGUACCGAGGUAUCACAACGCAGGUACGCAAAAACUUCCAAAAAAGAUGGUAAUUUACAUACAGCAGUGGGGAUUCGCUAGUGGUCACCCACCUAACUACUAAACCACCGAUUUGAAGCUUAUGGAAGGCAGAGCGGACGGGAUGCCCAGUGAUCUUAAAUCUAUGCCGUAUGUGAGAGCGAAAGGCUGUAUUUUGAUAGAUAGCUGGGGGAUGUCCACGGGAACCGUCUGCAGAAAUGAUGGUAAAAUCAUGUCAUCUACAAUUUCCAGCUAAUUUACAAGACAUUUUGACGAGCUCGGCUUCCAAAAACAGUCCUCCGCCCCAGCCACUUCCUGUGCUGUCACCAAUGUCUUAAACGAAUCCAACAACUUGGCGGAGAAGCACGAAGUUACUAGUUAUUUUUCCAACUACGGUCCACUCACUGUUGAGAAAUUAGCGCUUUGGUGUCUUGAGUUUUUCUUUCACAUAUUGUGCAUCCAAUUGAAAGAUCUGAUAGCUAGAAAGUGGUCUCUGAUUGGGUUUUCAUGGCGAUUAAUAC